AGAUCACUACGAUCCUGACUAUGAAUUCCUGCAGCAAGACCUCUCAAACGUAGACCAGAUACCUCAGCAAGUGGCCUGUAACCUUAGCCCAUUGCCAGAAUCCUUGGGGGAGUCUGGGUCUCCCUUUCUUAGCCAUCCUUUCCAGCUGCCUCUUGACAGCUGUCCCCAACCGGAGGGGCCCUUGGCCCCAGGACAGCAGACAGACGUGCCACCUGCUCUCCCGGAGAAGAAGCGCAGAAGCGCAGCCUCCCAGUCCAUGGACAGCUCUGGCUGCAGGAUAUCCUACGAGCGGCACCCCUCACAGUACGACAACAUCUCCGAGGAUGACCUGCAGAACCCAGCCCCACUCCAGCCCAUCCCCUACACACCCUUUGCUGCUAUUCUCCCUUUUCAGCAAGGAGGUUCCUCAGCUCCUGUUGAAUUUGUGGGCGAUUUCACUGCUCCUGAAUCAACAAGUGACCCAGAAAAACCACCUCCUCUACCAGAGAAGAAAAACAAACACAUGCUGGCCUACAUGCAGCUGCUCGAGGACUACUCAGAGCCGCAGCCCUCCAUGUUCUACCAGACUCCACAGAACGAGCACAUCUACCAGCAGAAGAACAAGCUCCUCAUGGAGGUCUAUGGCUUCAAUGAUUCCUUCAGCACAGCGGACUCCAUGCAAGAGCUGGCCCCGCCACCCGCCCUGCCCCCCAAGCAACGGCAGCUGCAGGCCUCCUAUGCUGCUUCUUCCUUCUCCUCUGUCUCCUACUGUGUCCAGCAAACUAAAGUGGCCUUCACCCCCGAGGACGGCAGUGCCACUCAGGGCCUCAGUGUGUCCGUCUCUAACUCCUUUCUCAGCCGGCAUGGCAGUUUACCCGUGCCCUCGUAUAAGUCUGUGUUUAGGUCCUACUCCCAGGAUUUCGUGCCUCACCACCAAGCUUCCACUCAGCCUUUCCUUCCGCCUACCUCCUCCUCUUCUCCACAUUUCCCACCUGUCCACCAGUCUCAGAGCUCUGACUUAGCGGUGCCAACUGUGGCCAGUCUGCCUCCCAGCACCGUGGACGGGCCUCUCUCAUCCUCUCAGGAGAGCAGCUUUCAUGGGAAUGCUGUCUGCCUUCCUCCCGAAAACUCUUUCACUGACUCGGACUCACCAGCUGGGAAAGAUGGACAUCCCAGAGAUCCCUCAGCAGUCGGCAGUGUACCUGGGAAGGACAGCAGAGAUGGCAGUGAGAGGGCUCCAAACUCACCAGAUGCUCUGGAGUCGGCUGAGUCAGAGGAGGAGGUGGAUGAGCUGUCCCUCAUUGACCACAGCGAGAUUAUGGCCAGACUGACACUGAAGCAAGAGGGUGAUGACGGGCCAGAUGUCCGUGGAGGAUCUGGGGACAUCUUACUGGUCCAUGCUACGGAGACAGAUAGGAAAGACUUGGUGUUGUACUGCGAGGCCUUCCUGACCACCUAUAGGACCUUCAUCACGCCCGAGGAGCUCAUCAAGAAGCUGCAGUACAGAUACGAGAAGUUCUCUCCCUUCGCGGACACGUUCAAGAAGCGCGUCAGCAAGAACACGUUCUUUGUGCUGGUCCGGGUGGUGGACGAGCUCUGCCUCGUGGAGCUGACAGAGGACAUCUUGAGGCUGCUGAUGGAGCUGGUCUUCCGCCUGGUGUGCAGUGGAGAGCUCAGCCUGGCUCGUGUGCUCCGUAAGAACAUCCUGGACAAGGUGGACCAGAAGAAGCUGCUCAGGUGUGCCAACUCCGACCAGCCCCUGGCAGCCAGGGGGGUGGCAGCCAGGCCAGGGACCUUGCAUGAUUUUCACAGCCAUGAAAUAGCUGAACAGCUGACCCUGCUGGAUGCUGAACUCUUCUAUAAAAUAGAGAUUCCUGAGGUUUUGCUUUGGGCAAAAGAGCAGAAUGAGGAGAAGAGCCCCAACUUGACCCAGUUCACAGAGCACUUCAACAACAUGUCCUACUGGGUGCGGUCAAUAAUCAUGUUACAGGAAAAGGCUCAGGACAGGGAACGGCUGCUCUUGAAGUUCAUCAAGAUCAUGAAGCACUUACGGAAACUGAAUAACUUCAACUCCUACCUGGCCAUCCUCUCGGCACUGGACUCAGCACCCAUCCGCAGGCUGGAGUGGCAGAAACAGACCUCAGAGGGCCUGGCUGAGUACUGCACGCUCAUUGACAGCUCGUCCUCUUUCCGGGCCUACCGGGCUGCCCUCUCAGAGGUGGAGCCUCCAUGCAUCCCUUACCUGGGGCUGAUCCUGCAGGACCUGACCUUCGUCCACCUGGGAAACCCAGACUAUAUCGAUGGGAAGGUGAACUUCUCCAAGCGAUGGCAGCAGUUCAACAUCCUGGACAGCAUGCGGUGCUUCCAGCAGGCGCAUUACGACAUCCGGAGAAACGAUGACAUCAUAAACUUCUUCAAUGACUUCAGUGACCACCUGGCUGAGGAGGCCCUAUGGGAACUCUCUCUGAAAAUCAAACCCAGGAACAUAACCAGAAGAAAAACAGAUCGGGAAGAGAAGACCUAGGAGAAGGCUCUGGAUAAAGACGCAUGCUUGGGGCACAGAAUGGCCACACUGGGGACCCAUCGGGAGCUGCAUAAAUCCCGGCCCCUCAGCCACAAGGCCUGGCCGAGCUGGCAUUCCUGCCAGCAGCUUCCUGCCUCCCUCCCCAGGGAGCAGACCCCAGUGCGUGGAGCCAGAGGCAGGCCUGUUGCUGAUGGCCAUGGUCUCCUGGGUGGGGUUUUUUUUUUUUUUUUUGCUUUCACUCCUAUCUUUUCCCUUCUCAUCUUCUGUCCCACCCACUCCCCUGCAGCCUGGGAGCAGCAGGGAUGUCAUCAGCAAACUAAGGAAUGGUAGGCUCUUCCACUCCCUAAGCUCUAGGGUUUCUGAAUCUUCUGAAAUGGCAAAGGAGUUGAGGCCUAAGGGCCUCUGGGUUGCUGUAGGCCCCUUUCACUUUCCAUUUCCUGCUUCUUAGAUGUGGAGGCUAGAGUGAGUCGUUCAUCUGGCCCAGGAAGGUACAGCAGGCACCUCAGUCGUCCUGUGGCUAACACUCCUGGUCAUGGUACUGGUGCCCACAGGGCCUCCCUUGUUGCCCCAUCACCCCCCACCCCAGUUGCCAAGCCCCUCCCCACACCACCUGGUGCUCUGGGGAGCUGGAAGAGGAGUGUGGAGGGAGGAAGGGACAUGGUUAGAGACAGUUGUUGCUGGGAGUCGGAGUUUAACCUUAUCUAAAGUGGCGCCAGAGCUGAACUGGUGGGGGGCUGACUCAGAGGGGGAUGGAGGAGCUGUUUUGUCUGGGAGAGGCCAGUGGCCCUGCCCUGUCAUUUGCUGUGUGCCUUAAACCUUAUCUCCUGCCUCCCCAGUCUCCAGCUUCCCUCCUACUGUGCCCAUCCUGGGGCCUGGCCAGGCACCUCCUCUGGCUCUUAAGACCUUUCUGCUGGUGCUGUCAGUGUCCCCUGGAAAGGGCAGAUGUUCCUGAGAGGCCCAGCAGGCAGGAUAGGGGCUUAGCUACAGAGGUGCUCCUGAGGCUGAGCAGCACAGGCGCUUUCUUCUACUCAAAGUGUCUUUGGAAGCAGGUACUUCUCCAUCCUCCUCCUCAAAAACCAUCCUCCCUGCUGAGGUUGACAAUCUGGGGCAAGGUUUGCAGAGCUGUUCAGCAAACAGGUGCCCACUGGAACCUCCUGAGGCCUGCCUGGCCCUGGAGGGGCACCCCUCCCUGCCCGGGCUUGUUUUGCAUCACAAGCCCUUACUUCUACUGGGCAUGUGAACCCCAGGCGAAUGAUCCCCAGGAUCUAACUGUGCUUACUCAGCCUGGUUUCAAAAGAACAAAGGAAGAAGGUAGAAAACAACAUACAUUGAUUAUUUAGAUUUUUUAAACUACUAUGUCACUCUGAGUCCUUCAUGAGUCUUCAGCAGCAUUUAUCAAGAAGAAAAUCAGGGCUGCUUUUUCCUCUUUUCUGUUUGUCCUGUACAUACAUAGAGGGAGGACACCCUCUGUCAGCAGCCCUGCCGGCAGCAGGGACCUGCCACCUCAUUAUUUAAGGCGCGCGUGUGUAGCCGCUGGUUAUUAACAGUGUUGUGUGUGUGGGUUGGGUUUUUAGUUUGUUCCCCUUCUUUAAGCCCCUUCAUUGCAUCUUUGCCCCUCUGCUCCCUCCCUCGCCCAGUUCUACUGAAUGCUGCUUUGCGUGAGGGCCGCUGUGCACACUGGCCCUGGGGUUGUGUGAACUGAAAUUCUUCCCAUACCAUGAGAGCCCCACAGAGUCCCCUCUGUGGCACGAACCAGAAACCCAGCCUGCGCCCCCAGCAGCAGGAGCGGACCUGUGUCUGGGUCAGUGGCUCCCCCCCUCUUGUUUUCAGGCAUGAGCUGGGCAAAGGGAUGGGGGCUCCCUUCACCUUCCCUGAAUUCGGAAUAGAACCCCGUGCCCAUCCCCAGAGUGCCCAAGCAUCUUCCUGGGAUCCUGGGGGUAUGAGCAGAAGGGUCCAGGCAGCAGGUGGACAGUGCCAGGUGACCCCUUGAGUGAGGAUGGUGAGGUACAAUGUGUGUCUUUAACUUAUUGGCUGAUGGGGGUCCCCCCAGCUCUGGUCACUGCAAGUCUUGCGCUCAGAGCUGCAAGCUGGCUGUAACUUUGGCCUGCUGCCAGGGGCUGAGGGGGGUGGUCGUGGGAGUCCUCUUCAGACAGGUGGAGGAUUCAGUCCAGUUCUCACCCACAGUAAGGGUGGAGCCAGGCAGGGGGCAGGCACGUGCUGACUGCCCACGACACAGCGUCCCAUUGUAAUAUAUCCCCAACUAACCAAGCCAAUGGUAGCAUCUUCCUGCAGACAUUUCAAAUGUGUAACUUUUAUACGGAAAAAAAUAAAACAGAUGAAAGCUG